UCCACGUUUACAGUUGUAUCCAUCCAGCAGGGGCUUCACGCAAACACUACACCAGUUAGUGUACAUCCAGUAAAAAGGCAGAUUACUGGAUUGGAACCAGCUUAUAAUUUCUCUAUUUUGCAAGAGCACAUACAUCACCAGAAGUCAACAUCAUCUGGAUUUUUCUUUUUUAAAAAGCAUUGAAGUGCCGAGGUGUGCAGAUGGGGGAGGUGAGGAAACUGCAGAAGAAGUUGAGACAGAUUGAGAACCUGGAGCUUAAAGUUUCCCUCACACCAGAAGAAGCAGUAAAGGUCUCGAGGAAGAAGGAGCUUCGCAGCAGAUUGGCCGAGCUCCUGCUGCAACUUUCUGGCCCGCAGCAAAGCCACUGUAUUGUGGGUGAAGAGGAGGAUAAAAUGAAAAGACAAGUAGAUAAUGCAGCGGAGCAUCUCAGCGAUCACACUCCGGCUGUGAAGCUCGCACGUGGGGACCACCUGGAGAAGGAUGAUAAACGAAAAAGUGCAGCACAGGAGGAGAUAAAAAAGGGAGAAGUUGAAGGACAGAGCCAGAGCCUGCCAGAUCCAGACGCCGGAUUCUCAUCUCUUAAAGCAUUGUGGGAAAAGGCCAAGUUCCGCCUCAGGACUCUAAAAGGUCACAGUGACAUCAUCACUUGUGUAGCUGCCGUGGACAAUCUUGUGAUUUCUGGCAGUCGUGAUACUACGGUGAAGGUGUGGCACGUUCCCACGGCAACGGAGCAGCGCAAUCUCGGAGGCCACAGUGGUGGCGUCACUUGUCUUCAUACACCACCUGCAGAAUACUGCAGGCAAUUAGCAUCUGCUCUGCAUCUGUCUGAGAAGGAGAGGUUCAUCAUAAGUGGCUCCACCGACUGCUGUGUGCGAAUAUGGACUCUGAGUUCUGGCCAGUGUGUGAAAUCCGUCUACACUUUUAAUGCUGUCACAAGCCUUUGCUUCAUAGCAGAGUGGGAGGGCUACAUUGUGACAGGCUCAGAUGCUGGAAAGCUGCAGGUGUGGGACUGGCUUUCUCAGGAGAACCGACAAUCAGUCAACGCGCACCUGGACGCUGUCACGACAUUACAGUCCCAGGGUCCCCUGGUGUUUAGUGGAUCGACCGAUGGGAGAGUGUGUGUAUGGGAGGUGAGUGAUGGAGCAGCAAAGCCCCUCAACCAGCUGCAGCAGUGGGGGUCAGAGGUCACUGGCUGCAGCAAGCUUGAUGAGGUCACUGGGAGUCUGAGACUGAGCGCCCGAGGCGACCACAUCUUUCUGGCCAACGGGAGAUCCAGUAUCCGAGUGCUCAACUGGAGAACAGGUGCGAUGAGGCGACUGACCAAUCACAGCAGCACCGCUGGCGUCACGGAUUGUGUCAAUCAGAUACCUGGGCUCCUGGUCGGCUCGUGUUUUGACCUCGCGACCGGAGCAAAUACUCUGAAUUUGUUUUCUCUUCCACAGUGUAGGUACCUCGUCUCACUGACCAGCUCGGAAUUACCACGGAUCCUUUGUUUUGCAGCAUGGCUCACGCCAAGUGGAGGGCAUCGCUGGGUCACAGGUGGCCGUGACCUGACGGUUUGGGAACAGCUUCCAGGAAAUUUCAAAAAAAGGGGUGACGUGAACGCGAGACGAGACGCCCGAUUGGACAGCUCGCUUGCCGAGUCUGACGGAGACUCACAGGAGGAAGAGAGUGAGGCAGAUAACGAUGAGGAUGAAGAUGAAGACGAAGCCGCGGCGGGCAACGAUGCAUCAGAUGCAGAAGAGGUGUCUGGAUGGUCGUGGCUUCGAUGCGUGCUCCAGUGAAAGAUUAAAGCAAUGAGACAGAAAAAGAGAGACACUGAGACGGAGAGAGAGAGAGAGGGAGAGAGAGAGGGAGAGCUGGAACGUGUGGUGUGAAGUUUAGCAGAUUGAGCGAGCGGCGGCAGGGCAGAGAGCGCGGGUGGACGACAGCUUGUUCUUCAUGUAAAUGUUGUAUUAUGGAGCCAAUAAAGAGUGCCAUGCUAUGACUGUG